UCCAAUUUAUGUUUUUGGGCUUUCCUGUUGGCACUUGCAGCAAGCAUUGCAGCUAUAUAGAUAGAGCGUGGAAAGAACUGUUCGGCACUGAGGGACGAUGAGAGCGCCAUAGAGGCAUGGUAUGUGUACUAUGUCGUAUCGCACAAUGGAGUAGGCAUGACAGUGAAGAUUACACGCUUGAGUUGACAUGCGUAAAUCUUCUAGACCUUUUGCCAAAGCAAGUCUGCCCUGUUUCUACCAAGAAUUGGGAACAUUAUGCUAAGCUCCACGGGCUACCAACUGGCUUGAUAAGAGUACUAACAGAGGCAUUCCAGGCUCAGAGAAGCGUUCUUGCUGACCGAAGUUGUGUUACUAACGCACCUCACAUAGAAACGAACCUGCAUGACGAAACACGAUCUCUCUUCGAAACGCAACGACAGGUUGGUCUCGUGGAAACAUCGAAGGAAUGAAUCUGGCUGGGACCUCAACUCCUUGAGAGAGCCUUCGGUCCCAUGCUUUCCCCGGCAUCAUAUUGUGUGACAACGCACCGAUGAGAUGAAAGCCAUCUCUACUCGAAAC